ACACCGUGUUAUGAGAAUUAUUUAUUGAAAUGUAUUUUCUGGAGUGAAGUAGACAAGCAACAUAGUAAAGGUGUAAUUAUUUAUAAGUUAUGACAGUUCAUUUAUCUUUAGACGCAUAUUUGUUCUUUGUGAUUAACCCAAAAAGUCUUUGGUGGAAGCAAAGAAACAAAUACCUGUGUUUGUAUAGACCUAAAGUCUACUGGAGGAUAAAUCAUGCCAUUCACCCGAGAGUUUUUCAUACAAGCGAGCCUUGGUGUAAAUGGGCCAGAAGCAGAACAUUUUGGUGUAACAAAUACAUUUACAGCCAUGACUUUUUAUAUUAUCGAGUUUCUAAACUUUUAACUUCUUCUUCCAAAGGACUUGCAAAAGUGAACAAUCGCAUGUCACGAAUUAAGAAUACUAUAGAAUCUGUUUCAAAGGCAGUGUCUGGGACUCACAGUGAACUGGUUUCACGGAUAGCUCGAUUAAAGUCACACUCGGGUACUUCGGGAAAAGCAAAUAAAAGUAAUGCAGAUGCAAAUAGCAUCCACGAAGAUCUAGAAAAUGAUAAACAAAUCACAGAUGCCAGAACUCAAGAGGAUUGCAACAGAAGCCCAGCUGCAAAGAUAACCACUUCUGCAAAUGAAAACUGUGAGUCUAUGUUAGUAAGUUCAAGUGGCGCUAAUCAAGAUAUUCCAGAAGAUUCAGCAUCUACUAAAAACCACCUUUUUCAUAUAAGCUACUUUUCUACAAAUUUUGGAGAGACUUACAACUUCGUAGCUGAUCAUAUCAACUGGUACUUUAACAAUAAUUCUGUUAUGAAUCAAGGGAAAAAAGGGAAUGCUUUAUUACAGAACUCUGAAAGUGAAGAGAGGAAUAAGCUUGAUUCAUCAGAAAAUACUGUAAUGAGGGAAGAAAAGACAGAGGCUUCAGCAGCUACUUUAGCUCCUGAAGCAGAGACUCUGAGUCCUGAAAAGAUAAAUACUGCUCUUCCAGUCUCCACUAAAAAAAGCAUUGCAAACUUUCUUUCAUAUCCCAGUAACAGUGUACAAGCUUUUGUAGACAGUUACAUUGGUGGGUUGGUGCCCAAGCUAAGAUCUGAUACAAAAGUUGUUUCACAAGAGAAGAGUAAACAGCCAGAGCACGAAAUGUCUGAGAAAGAUGAGGAUGACAGUGCAAAAGAGGCAAAGACUGCAGAAGAGAAGGAAAAGCGCCUGUCUCUUCAGAGAGAAAAGAUUAUCGCAAGAGUGAGUAUUGAUAACAGGACUCGAGCUUUAGUUCAAGCCCUAAGAAGAUCCUCUAAUCGAAGAGUCUGUAUCAGCAGGGUUGAAGAACUGACCUAUCAUCUUCUAGAAUUUCCAGAGAGCAGAGGAGUUGCAAUUAAGGAAAAAAUAAUCCCAUGCCUGCUGCGACUGAGACAGGCAAAUGAUGAAAGUCUUCAGGCUGCUGUUAGAGAGACUUUAGCUAUAAUUGGAUAUACAGACCCUGUGAAGGGAUGGGGAAUUCGAGUCCUCGCUAUUGAUGGAGGAGGAACAAGGUAA